UACUCAUCUAUCAACGCCAGCUUACGGAGCAACGAUGAGCACGGAAUCUCCCACCAGGAGUUGCUGAUCAGAUGCAUUUAGUCAACAUUUAGUAGUAUUACUUGGGCGUAAGGUCGUUUUAUUUCCCUGUCGACAUCAUACAGAAACAUCUCUGCCGCCGCCUGUCGUCGCUCGAAAAGUAUUCCGUCGUCUAAGGGACGUCAGGAAGUUCGGGCCGGUCGCCUUGAGGAAGGCCAUGGAAACUGACUAAGCAAGAUGAUCGGGAGAUGACUAAGCAUGCAAGCCAUGCAGGAUGCACGCCUGUCCACCCUACCACCAGCACAUCUUUUUCUUGACGCCGCUAUGCCUAACAUUUAUCGGACACGAAUCCCUUCAUAUCCUUCAGAACCUGAUGCCAAUGACCCCGGGCCCUCACCAAUCGAUGCUGACGACUCUAUCGUGCUGUCGGACCUUGUGCGGACCGGUGAAGCCUCUCGCCUUCGACGACGAGGUGCAAUGAGACUCGACCACGGCCACACAGCAUCGCAGACAGGACCUUCCAGCAUAAUAGCGCCCAAUGCCGGUGCUGUCGUGGUGGAUUCACCGUCAUGGGAGUCGGAUCCAGAGGACCGAGACCCAGUUCUUGAAUCGGCGUUGAGCAGGAACGACCGGAGUUUGAGGUACGCACGCAGCCAGCGGGAGGUUUCGCGGCAUAUGAAGGACGAGUAUACGUGGAACUUGUUCUGCGGAGGCCACGAGGAGGAUGCAGUAAUAGAGGAGACCUUGUCACCUGUCUCGAGAGGUUCGUUCGUGCCGUCUAUCAUGCCUCUGUACCCGUCGACUGCUCAAUCGCCGCCGUCGUCUUUCAAGCGAACAAUUCGUAGAACAAAUGGCUGUGGGGCCCUUGUUCAUAUGCGAGCUACGCCCCGGCAGCGUUGGGUGUCGUCGGAUGCCGUAGUGGCCAUGGACUCUUCAUAUUUCGAUCGCUCUGCCGUCGCUAAGAUCCUCAGGAGUGCCUGCGGAUGUGUGCGCGAAGGUGUUGGUUGUGCUGUAUGUGGAAAUCCUUUGGGCACCCGGUAUAGGCCGUGUAAAACUGCCGGUGAUAGUAUUUUCACCACUCCGUCGAAUAUUUCGGCGCCACGUUGUCCCCAAGGUCCUCGAUAUUGGCACACCUCAAAUCAGUCUCAGUCAACACCUGGGACCUAUAAUCCCGAAUUCUACAUCUACACUUUCUUUUCAACGGCUGUUUCCUCAGCUCCGGGUUACACGUUUCCCCCACGUCUUCCUCAUCAUUCAUCUUCGACCCCCUCAUCUGCUUCGCAACGGCAGCAGUCAUCUUCAUAUCCAUUUCUUCCGCCACCGCCACCACUGGUUGAAGUCGAUGAUACCGAAGAGGCGACGCCCACCUUUGGUAACAUCAUGUUCUCCCGCGUAAUGACUUCGUCGCCGACACAGCUCUCCGACGUCGGAGAAGAUGAUCGCGAGUCAGACCGAGGUGAUGACUAUACCCUGCCAUUACCGGCUGACUGGGCAGAUUUUGCCAACCGAGCGCCGCUCGACCCCGACGGCGAAUUCUUAACCGACGUCGAGGCCCCAAACUCUCCGGACAAGAACGAGGUCAUGCUCAUACCGGAGCGGUAGCGACCCUCUAAAUGGCAUGUUUUUUCAUUGGAGUUUUCAUUCUCCUACAUUUUCGUGUGUUGCAUCUUCUAUUUUCAUCACAUUUCAAGGAAUUUCUGCCAUUACCUUUUCGUACGGACUCAUCUUUGUUUUAUAUAUAAUUCGUACAUCAUCUAUUAUCUACUUCGACUGUAUAUUACAAUGGCAUGCAUCUUAUACCCAGGCAUAUUCGUAGCCCUGUAUUAUACGUCCCUAAACUUUAUAUCGGCCAUACUCAAAAUAUAUUACUUACCAACACACCGAUCCAGUAGAGAAUAUUGUACUAGAGGCUAGAGCCGGACGAGACUGCAUCAAGGCAUCUAGGCCAG